AUGACGACGAGACGAGGCCCCUUAAGUUGCGUCUCUGGGCUCAGGUCCUCAUCUUAUACAGUGCAUUCAACAAGGCGACGUCCAAAUACAAGGUUCCUCGACGGUUUCCCGUUCCUGCGCUGGGUCCCUUGCACAUAUACGCUAAAUUCGCCCACAGCAGCUCGCCGCAUUCUGACUCGGUCUAUCCGUAUGCCUGGCAAUGGAUGUUCCUGGCGAUUGAGAGUUGAGACUGUAGUCGCCGACGACACAUCGGCUACCGCCUCCCCUCUGGUGUCUGUUCCGUCUCAUCGAUAUUAUGGUGCGGACUUAUGGCGGACGUGGACCCUUGCCGUCCCUUGGUGGCCCGGCCCUCAUCCUCCUCUUGAAGUAUUGGUGUAUUCGUACAGUAUUAAUCUCUCCAUUCUGUCUGAUGUGUCUACAACGUCUGGUAUUGGCCCUGCCCUACGCCAGUCGAUGGUCUUUUGCUUGCCCUAA